AUGAUUUUGGAUUUAAAUUGUGUGCUAUCGAUGCCGAAACGGUAUCGAAUUUAUCGAAUGAAAGGACCACCGUCUAUGCCACCGAUUUUACAAUUCAGUCCACCUCGUUUAGCCUCCGCACAAAAUUUUCAUUCUGAUUAUGCGCCGCCUCCUUCCAUGCUGAUGAACGGCAUGUCCAGCUAUAGUCCACCUGGACCACCUAGCUACGAUCCACCAAACAAUUUCCUGAUGGAUUAUCAACCGCCCGGAAUGGAGUACGGCCCACCGAAAAUUAACAACGAAUAUGGACCACCGAAAAGCGAAUACGGCCCACCGACAACGUCAAAACCAGUUGUUCACAAACAUAUUUACGUACACAUUCCCCCUCCCGAACCAGAAGAACCUAUAAUAAGGCAACCACUCACUACUGUCGCUCCACAAAAGCACUAUCGAAUCGUGUUUAUAAAAGCACCAACCGAAGCUCCAGUCACAUAUCCAACAAUUCCGUUGCAACCGCCCGAUGAAGAGAAAACGUUGGUCUACGUUUUAGUUAAGAAACCGGAUCCUCCUCCAGAUCUUGUUUUACCAAAACCAGCUACAACUGUACCCACUAAGCCAGAAGUUUACUUUAUUCGAUACAAAACACAGGUGCCAAAUUCAAAUUUAAAAGAAGAAACAGAAGGACCUUACCCGCCGAGUGUAAAUGGAAAUGGGAAUGGAAACUUGAAUCCAACAACAAAUGAAUAUCCACCAAACACCAUACCAAACACAUCGUACGGUCCACCACCAUCUGGGUCAUAUCAGACGACGGGCGCAACUCUCGGCCCACCGUUGGCUGCAUACAUGAUAAAUAGUAGGCCGCUUAAAUCAAGCAGAGAGAAUAGCUACUCGUGA